UCUCUAUAUAUUAAGCGUUCAGAAAACAAACCAAAUUAUAUCAGUAGUCAAAAUCAGACACACAUCCCUGAAGUUGCUCUAAUAUUGACAAUGGCUUCAAGCAAUUACUUGUCAGCUUUCUGCAUUCUCUUGUUCCUAGUAGCAGCCACCAAUAUUGUUUUUGCAAGCAGCAGUUAUGGAAAUGGAUCUAAUUAUGGUUAUGGCAGUGCCCCAAAAUCCAACUUGAAGAAACAUUUGCCCACAAAGGGAUUGAUUCCUGCAUCAAUCAUUGCUGUUCAGGGAAUGAUUUAUUGCAAAUCAGGAUCUAAACUCAUCCCUCUUAAGGGAGCUGUAGCAAGGAUAACAUGCCUUGGGGUGGAGAAGAACUACGGAUAUGAAACUGCGCCUUUCUCCUUUUCAAGUUACCAAUCGGACUCAAAGGGUUAUUACUAUGCAGUAUUUUCUCUAAAGGAGCACAAAGGAUAUGAAUCUUGCAAAAUCACACAGUGCAAGGCCUUCUUAGAAAGUUCUUCUCUGGAAGAAUGCGAUAUCCCAACAGAUGAAAAUAAGGGGAAAACAGGAGCUCUUCUUACUUCUUACCGAUUUCUCCAUGGCAAGAACACAUUAUUGUACUCUGUUGCUCCUUUUGUUUACACUUCUGAUGACUACAAAUCCAAUUACCAGGGUGAGGGUUAUUAGAUGAAUUUAGUUUGCUACUUAAUUCUGUCCCAUCAAUAAUUUAAUUAUCAGCCCCAUGAGAUUUGAUGAGUCUUGAUCCUUUUUCUUUCUAUUUAAUUUGUAUUUUGCUAAUUUAUUACUAUGCAUGAAAUAGGGGGCAUCAUUUCUCUUGUGACAAUGAAUUCCUUCUUCUUUCUUCA